AUGGCAACAUCAUACCCCCCUCCUCCGAUCCAGGAGGCACACUUUGCUCCUUUUCCUCCUCCACCCCAACCAUCACCGGGAUUCCCACCUCAGAACUUUAGUUAUCCUCCUUCACUGAAGCAACCGACAUCAACGAGCCCUCCACCAGGAGAAGCUCAAUAUGUGGCGCGCCCCGGCGUGGCUAACCCAUACGGACCAAGUUCGGUAUCACCUCCCCCACAGAUGCCUAGCCACCAGUCUACACCAUCCCAAUCUUCCUACGUGGCCACGCAGCCUCAGAGAGCCUCCAUUGUGCCGGCACAGGCUGGCCAAGUAGCCGGCUCGACUACUCAGGACGAUGUCGGGACAUUCAACGGCGGAAGCUACAGAGUCAGCCACCGGGACUCAAAUUCGCUUCUCACGCUGCAGUUGGCGGUGGGAUGUCCGAUUGUAGCAAAGCCAGGCGCGAUGAUCGCAAUGUCCCACUCUGUCACGCUGCGGGGAAGCAUCAAGUUCUCUCUGAAGAAGAUGUUCGCCGGCGGCGAGAUGUCCCUGUCGACGUUCACCGGGCCCGGCGAGCUCCUCCUCGCGCCCUCGACCCUGGGUGACAUAAUUGUCAUGCGCCUAUCGGGCUCCGACUCGUGGAAAGUCGGCAAGGACGCCUUCCUGGCAGCCACUAGCGGCAUCUCGAAGGAUCUCCAGGCACAAGGCCUGACAAAGGGUGUCUUCUCCGGAGAAGGACUAUUCAUAUACAAAAUGACUGGCGUCGGUCUUCUCUGGCUCCAGAGCUUCGGCGCUAUUAUCAAGAAAGAAAUCGCCGAGGACGAAUCCUACUUCGUGGACAACGGCCACCUUGUCGCCUGGAACUGCAAGUACAGAAUGGAGCGCGUCGCUUCAGGAGGCAUCAUCUCGAACAUCGGCUCCGGCGAGGGUCUGGCGUGCCGCUUCACGGGCCCUGGAAUCGUGUACAUGCAGACGAGGAACGUGACCGCGUUUGCGGCCCAUAUUGGUGCGCACACGGCCAGUAAUUAA